CGGUCGUCCCCGUCGGUGUUUAUCGGAGAUUCGGUUACGGAUGUGUUGGCGUUGAUGGCAGCAGAUGUAGGGAUUGUGGUGGGUGAAUCUGGGACUUUGAGACGGAUGCUGCGAAGAUUUGGAUGGAAGAUUCGGGGGCUAGUCGCAUUUCCUGUCAAGAAAGAGGAAAGGGGCAAAGCCAGCCGGGUCGUCUACGCGGCCGAGGAUUGGGCGGAAAUUGCAGCUUUUUUGUAUGGGACGGAUUUAGUGAAGAAGAUGGUGGAGGAGGGAAGAAGGAAUAAGGGCAAUACUUAUUGCGGAGAAUGAG